GAACUUUUGUUUUGGCUGUCGGAGCCAGACGGACCAAAACGACUGUCGCACAACAUGAUGGCGCUGCUCUUGGACACCAGACUUCUCCUGAGAAAAGUUAAAGAUUUAAGAUGUUUAACGGCAAGAUGGUACCGCGUGAAGGAAAAAUGGGCCACCACACGUACCAAGCACCCUGCCACCAGUCUGGCCUUGCAGUACUUUGAUGCCACUUACGGCGUCCAGCUGGGGCAGCUGUGGCCAUCUGUCCGAGCCGCCCUGCUGUCAGAGAGGAAAUACGGUGCCCUGCUUAAUAAUUGCUCCAAUGAUGAUGUUCUGGCAAACCUCCAUGCCCAGGGAAGCAAAGACUUCCUCAGUGACACAGAAGCAGAAGAUGGUUAAAAAGCGCAAUCUCUCUCCUCAUGAGAUGAAUUCUGCAUUCUUCAUCGUUUCUGCAGCUCCGCCAUGCUUGGAGCAAGAACCAGAAGUUGUGUCCGAGGAGGAAUCCAGUGAUGUUUCUGUGUCUGACCUUGAUGGUCAGCAGCGUUCUCCUCUACAGCUCAGUACUAACAUCAAGUGCUUAGUGUUUCCAAGAGGGGAUAUCACAAGAUUCAAGCCUGCUAGACCAGACAUUUGCGGGUUGUUGGGUUACUACCUGAUGGAUGCAGCGUCUGUGCUGCCUUGUCUCGCACUGGAUGUCCAAGAAGGUCACAGUGUACUUGACCUCUGUGCUGCGCCAGGAGGCAAGACCCUGGCUUUACUUCAGACCCAGUUUAUAGGUUUUUUGUGCGUAAAUGACACCUCGGUGUCUCGGACAUUACGACUGAGAAAAGUCCUCCAAAGCUACGUUCCUAAGCCGCUUUUGUCAGACCAGAAACUAUGCAUCACCUCCUUCGAUGGCACCAAGUGGGAGGAAAGGAACACUUUUAACAGAGUCAUUGUUGACGUCCCCUGCACCACAGACAGACAUUCACUCAUGGAGGACGAUAACAAUAUAUUCAGUAAGAGCAGGACUGGGGAGAGACAAAAGCUGCCGCAGCUACAGCUGGAGCUGCUGCUGGCGGGGAUCAUAGCAGCUUGUCCAGGUGGGGAGAUCAUUUACUCCACCUGCACACUUUCUCAAAUUCAGAACCAGAGUGUGGUGGAGCAGGCCGUCCACACGGCUCAAGAGGUCCAUGGCAUUCACCUUCAGGUUGUUGAUCUGCGACCCCUCACACGCAUGUUUAGGAAAACCUUUCACUUCGCUCCCGACCUCCACCUGGGUGAGAUGGUCAUCCCACACUUGGCCGCUAACUUUGGCCCCAUCUACAUGUGCAAGCUAAGGAGGCUCACAUAGACCGUGGACUGAUGGACGGCUUUGCCCGAAAGCUUCGUGGACAUUUGAAUGACCGUGUUGCUGCUUUAUGGACUAAUAAUAUGAUCCGUCUGUGGCCUGUCUAAGCACUGGACUACAGUUGGUUAAAUGUGACGGGACACUCAAAGAAUCCGGGGGUAGGACCUGGACCAUGACAUUAUUAUUGUGGACAGCAUUGAACUGUAGUUUUCUUACGGAGAUGUUUGGACUCAACCAACAGCCACUCUUGGUUUUUUCUUUUUUUUUCUUUUCAAAAAAGAAAAUGCCAAUAAAAACAACUCUGUACCAUAUACACAGUAUUUGCAUAGUUGGUCCAGUAAACCACACACAGCAUUCUUCUAGUCAGCAGAGAGCAGAAGUAUUAAACAAUGUGUUGUACAUGAACAAAACAAUCCCUCAGCUCAGUCAAUUAUCUUCCUGCCAGAUUCAGUCCCGAGCAGAUUCAGAGGUUUCUCCCACCAAUACGGUGUACUACGGUAUUCUACAAUACGUCUAGUUGUAAUUUUAAUUUGACCCUGUAGGUGGCAACAAUAGCUAAAUAGUAAAGUGUGCUGUGCCCACUAGGACACUACGGAUGUGUCUGUAAGCGCCACAAUGUAUGUCACAUUACUAAAACACACAUUCCCAUCAGAAUUACCUGCUCUCUUUAACUCUCCAAAGGAGAUGGGUUUGGGCUUGUUUCUAUGGUUAUUCAUCAGGUUUGAUGGCUUUGCCUAAUAACGCGAUAUGUGGGUGUGUGGAAGGAGGGCGUAAUGAACAGGCAGGUAAUGACUUAUUUGACUAUUUGGCUUCUCACAUCUGAAUCUGUGCAACUUUCAUUAUUACAUCUGGAUUGACUCUGUUUUGCAUUGACAUCACUCAGAGGGGAAAUGUUUCCUCUUAUCACUGCCUAAUGUGAGCGGAGAGGUGCCUCUUUUUCCAUCACACCGCCGAUGACCCUUUAUAUUGUCCUGGCCGGGCAAUGUAGCGUGAAAAAGGUGUGUGUAUCUGUGUCUAACGAGUCCAGCAUCCACAUCCCACCGUCAUUAAGCUGCUCCAAGUGCAGGAGCCGACUCCCAUCCCCGUGCAGGGAUGGACGGCAGCCAUGCGGCUCCCAGAUGAACAUUAAAGAGGCAGCAGAGAGCUAAAAUGGGACGUCUCGCCCCGUUUUGCCCCUCCGCUUUUUGAUUCCACAGAUGAGUGCAGAUAAUUUUCUGUGCGAUUGUGAGUGAUUACUGUAUUACUGCGGUAAAAGGGGGAUGUAUCUGGGAAUGCAGAGGGAAUUAAUGACACAUAAAAACUAUUUUUGUAUUGA